UUUCUCUCUGUGCCUCUCAGACACACUCACUCACACAGCGCUGGACUGAAAACCCCUCACAGCUCUGCUCGCAGCUCCGGCCACCAGAGAAGAUGCUUCCACAUUGCUCUCCGUGAGAUCACUGCAGGACAGAGAGGAGCUGCAGCUCUGCAGCUCAUGGGCUGCUGCUGCUGCUGCUGCUGCUGCUCCGUCUAUCUUUAUCUCUCUUUUAAUUGGGACGCUGGGGAGAAAUAAAUAGCUCAACACACACUGUUGGGAGGCAAAUGAAUGGAGCACACUGACAGGGGAUUUCCCCAGGCUGCCUUCACACCAAUGGAUCUGGGAGUUUUGAAAUGUCCAAAUUGCCUUUGGCAGAAUCAUUUUCCUUGAAUGAUUUGUAAAUUGAUUUUUGCUACAAGAUCACCUCCAAAGAGCCCGCAGACCGACCUUUUGGUGGAUUUUAACUUUACAAAUUCACGUCAUAUCUUUGGCCUAAGGAUGUGUUCUGUAGUCUUGCUUCAUCAGUGGAGUCUGGCUGUGUUCUUGCUGUGCUCCCCAGCGACUCUUGAUGGGAGACCAGUUGAUGCACUUAGUAGCAGAACGAGGAGAUCUGUGAGCCACGCCCAGCUGAUGCAUGACAAGGGACGCUCCUUGCAGGAGUUCAAGCGUCGCACAUGGCUGCAGGAGCUGCUGGAGGAGGUGCACACGGCAGAUGAGCAAGCGCCACCUGUGCAGAGUCGAACCCCGAGCCAAACCUUCAGUGGGAACUCUCUACACCAGAAGCCCCCAGGGGCCUCCAAAAACCUCCCGGACCGAUUCAGGCUGGACAAGGAGGGCCCUAACUUGCCCCAGGAGACCAACAAGGACCAGGCUUAUAAGGACCAGCCUCUAAAAGUGGCCAUGAAGAGGAAAAAGAAGGUGAGGCUAGGCCGGCGUCGAGAGAAUGACAAGAGGCGGAGGCGGGCACGGUCUGUCACGAUCACAACAAAGGAGCCAUGGAGGACGCAGUACCCUGGUUGAGAGACUCCCACAAGCCUUUAUAUGGUCCUGCACUGACACAGUUCCAGCUGGACUGAAGUCUGACAGACUUGAACCACAGCUGACUCAGUCACAGCCACACGAAGGACCCCGGGGGCUGUGCUUGUAUGAUAAUAGUUUGCAAUGUGUUCGGUUUUAAAGCAAUCUCAUCCGUCCCGGAGUUUCACCAUAACAUCUUCAUAAGUCCAUAUUUAUUUGGAAAAUCUUAAUGCCUCUUUGAACCAGAUUAAAUUCAAAACAAAGCACACAGUAUGCUAUCAUCUCUAGACAGUGUAUACAGGUAGAGCGUAGAAGGACGUAUUUAUUGCCUGAAUUUAAUGUAACUUCACAAGAAUUUGGAUGCUGAGUGGUUUGCUUUUGUUUGGCUCUACAUGUGUUGACGAUCAUGGACUUACAGUUACAAACUGUUCAUCGAAUACAUCCGUUUGAACUGUUCCAUAAUUUAUUUCACUUUGAAAGUGCGUAUUUAUUUUGUGAAUGUAUCAUGGUGCUGCUGACUAAAUUCCAUAAUGCACUUUAGUUAUAUCUUGUAAAUGUUCUUUUGUGGUUGAGUUUUGAUUUGAUGUGUCUUUUUGAUGGUCCUGCUUCCCCCUCCCAUCUUAGAUCCCUCAUGGACUUGUAACUUAUUGGAGGCUUCAUCAAACCCACUCUCAUCAUUUUACGGUAUAGUUUUAUUUUUAUAGCACAAGCCCGGGUCAGGGCCUGUCAGAGUCAUUUGAUGUUCUUCACUUGCACUGAGAACAUACUGUACAUGUUUCCAGUUAAUCAAACAUUAAACAUGUAGCCAUUAGAAAUA